CGUAUCCAAGAUGAUAGGGCGCCUAACGAUCAAUCAGAACCGAAACGUAAAUGGUGUCGCAAGGGAUUCGCAGCGAUAGCGAAAAGAUUGAGGCCACCAUCAUUUCCGGCCAUGCGCUAGCAGUGGUACUUUUUUACUACUCCCUACUCUAUGACGCCGUGUCAAAGAGGGCCCACAUCUCGCUCAGUCCCCACAGUAGCUUGAACAAGUCGAGACAAUGACUAUAGUAUUAACUUGGUAGACGCGACGA